AUAGUGCGUGCAAGUGGGAGAAUAGUACCUGAAACGCGAGAAAAAACAAACCAAAAUCAACGAACAAACAAACAAAAGAAGAAUCGAAGAGAAUACUUCCCUCAUCUUCAUCCGAUACUGUUACAAGUUCUGUGGCACAAGCACAGUGUCCCAAUAGCUCAAAAGCUCCAAUACAUUGCACAGAAACUCGAGAAGUCUUGGAGUUUCGUUCAAUCUUUAUCCAAUUCAAAUGGGCAGGUCCAUGGUCUUCUCCCCAAGUAUUCCUCUGAGAUUUUCUCAAAUACCCAGAUCAGUUCCAUCACCAAUUCAUGAAAACCCGCGUCUUUCAUUGCUUUUUAGCAAGAAAUUUCAGCACGGGUUUGGAGGAAUUCGGUUUUUGAAGGUCAAACCCAUAAGAGAACUUUGCACAAAGGCAGUGUUAUCAGAAAUCCCCAACCACAAACAGUACCCAAAGAUAGGUGCCCAAUCAACUGGACACAUUCCACCUAGUCAGCUCAUUCAGGUGGUUGAAUCUGCUGCUAAGACUGGUGCUGAGGUUGUGAUGGAUGCUGUUAAUAAGCCUCGAAAUAUCACAUAUAAAGGACUCACUGAUUUGGUGACCGAGACGGAUAAGAUGAGUGAAGCUGCUAUUUUAGAAGUUGUUAAAAGGAAUUUUGGAGAUCACCUCAUUCUUGGGGAGGAGGGAGGGGUUAUAGGAGACACUUCAUCCGAUUAUCUCUGGUGCAUUGAUCCUUUAGAUGGAACAACAAACUUUGCUCACGGUUAUCCUAGCUUUGCUGUUUCUAUUGGAGUUCUAUUUCGAGGGAAACCUGCCACUGCUGCUGUGGUAGAGUUUGUUGGGGGCCCAAUGUGUUGGAACACCCGCAUAUUUUCUGCAACUGCUGGUGGGGGAGCAUUCUGUAACGGUCAAAAAAUUCAUGUGAGUCAAACUAAUCAGGUGGAGCAAUCCCUUCUAGUGACAGGGUUUGGGUAUGAACAUGAUGACCCAUGGGCUACCAACAUGGAUUUAUUUAAAGAAUUCACUGAUGUCAGCCGGGGCGUAAGAAGGCUUGGGGCCGCUGCAGUGGACAUGUGUCAUGUAGCUUUGGGGAUUGCAGAAGCCUACUGGGAGUAUCGUCUAAAGCCAUGGGAUAUGGCAGCUGGAGCUUUGAUAGUUGAAGAAGCUGGUGGCAUGGUUACUCGCAUGGAUGGUGGAAAGUUUUCCGUGUUUGAUAGAUCUAUUUUAGUAUCCAAUGGUGCGCUGCAUGAAAAGCUUUUGGAGAGAAUUGGACCUGCAACAGAGAAAUUGAAGAGAAAAGAAAUUGAUUUCUCAUUGUGGUACAAGCCUGAAAAUUAUCAUGCAGAUCUUUGAGAUACCAAGAUUUCUGUCUUCUGUUGUCAACUCUGCUAGAAAGAUUUCUGCGCUGCAGGUGUGGUCCAUUGUACUCUGAAUUAUUGUUACUUCUCUUGCGAUCUCCCAACUGCUAUGGUUCCCUUUUUUUAUUAGUCAAUAUACUCUAGCUUGCGAGCACGCAGAUCAUAAGAUAUAGUCAGCAUGGUAUAUUGGCAUAUAUUUGAAACUAUCAGAUUCUCUGGACAAAAUGUUUAUCCUGCUAUAUCAUCGUAAUGUGAUCAAUAUGAAAUUGGAUUAAAUGGACACUAUGUUUAUGAACUGUAGGCUGUCUCCUGCUAUAGAUCAACUUAUCCUCUCUCUCUCUCUCUCUCUCUCACUCACACACACAGUAUUUUACCUAUUGUAAUAGACAUUUUCAGAAAUGACAAAUCCCCAUAGUUUUAAGCAUUAAGCUCUUGGAACUUCACUGUUACCUUAUAUUUCCUUCAUUAGUUGAAGUAGCGUAGAAUGACCAGCUGAAAACUUUUGCAUGGGUUGGAGAAUGGAUGGACUGGAUGAAACUCAGUUGUAACAGGCUGGAAAUGGCUGUACUGGCAAGAAAAAGCUCUUCAUUGUGUUGACCCAGGUCUCCAGAGAACUUGAGAAAGAAGAAAAUUAGAGUGAAGGGAGUGCGGUUAUGAUGCUAUUGCCGGUGAAGAAUCUAUGAAAGAUGCUGAUGAAGGAAAAGAUGAUAUUUAGCCUCUUUUUUUUUAUUAGUCACCAUGUAUUAAGUCAUGGCAUGAUGUAUCACUGGAAAACAUACAUCAGUAACUCUUUGUACCCAUUAUAAGAGCAAGCAUGCUUAUGUUUUGUGAUUGUGUUUCUGGGUAUAUUCCCUUCUCCAUGUGUAAGGAUUGUAAGCUUUACUUCCUCUGAUAGAAUUCUUUGUAUAUGAGAUUUAUAGAUGUAUGAUGCAGUAUGAUCAUGCAACUUCAUUUUGCUUAUAUACACACAUAUUCUUUCUUCCA